UUGUGCACCUAUCUGAAUAAGACAGACUUUGGUUGAAGGUUUUUUGAUCUCCUCUCUUUCUAAGCCUCAAAAGCUCAUAAUGGCUGCAACAUCCAUGAAAUCAGCGGCAUCCGUCCUGUUACUCCUCAAUCUCCUGAUCUACUUCGUUGUGAUUGUCAUCGCCGGGUGGGCCGUGAAUCAUGCGAUUGUGAGAUCUAGGGAAACUGCUUCAGUUUUGACGAUCCCGGCCCAUAUAUUCCCGAUAUACUUUCCGGUCGGAAACAUGGCGACUGGAUUCCUAGUCAUCUUCUCACUGAUCGCAGGGAUCGUGGGCAUGACGACUUCAGCCACUGGCUACCUGAACAUCACUGAAGGGGGUAUCUUAAACUUGCACGCAGCUGCCGCCUCUUCUCUCAUCACGUUGCUCCUAACUUUUUUGGCUAUGGGAUUGGCAUGUAAGGAAAUCGAGAUCGGCUGGACUGGUGCGAAUCUGAGAACCCUUGAAGUGCUCUUGAUAUUCGUGAGCGCAACCCAGCUCUUCUGCACCAGUGCCCUUCAUGCCGGAGUUUCAGAAGUUACAGCGGACCCAAGUGCCUACGGCAUUGGAAGAGUUUGAAGUCGAUCCUACCAUGUCUGGCCUAAGCUGCUCAAACAAGCUCUUACUUCGAAAACGUCAUUCAGUCCCAACCUUCUGUCAUUCAGUCCCAACCUUCUGUUCUGUAAUUCUUUUUGCCCCCCCUCCUUUCUUUCUUGUAUAAUCCUCAAGGGGCUGGUUUGGUUAUCUGAAGCGAGUGCUUGAUCUGAUGUAUUCUCGUGUGUCUGUGUGAAUGUUCAUAAUCACUGAUAAAGAAAGAAACCCGUGCUUCUAAAAUCAUGAUGUUUAUAAUGAGGAUGAAUCGCAGCAUCAAAAGGA